GUACAUACAUCUUUUACACAACUAAUGUGUUGGAUAUUUUCAAUGAUAAACUCUCAGAAUUAUUAAUUGUGUGUAUUUCAAGUAAACACAUUCCGGAUGUUUUUGAAGAAAUCGUGUACUACACACUAUAUACUAUAACGAAUAGAUACUUGCAUACAACAUACAUAUAAAAUUUAGCAAACUAUAAAUAGCAAAACCUAAUACUUCUUACUACAAAAGAAUUUUUUUUUAAACAAAUAGUACUUUCUUUUUUAUUUUAAUAUUUUUACUCAAUCAUCUUAGUUUGUAUUACCUUGUAACUUUCACUGUUGUGACUGAAACUCAUCAACAAUUUUCUCUCGUUUUCCUAUUUUCUGAUAAAAACGUUGAUGAUAUCGGAAAGCAACGCAUUAGCGACCGUGACAUUGAAAUUUUUCUUGAUGAGAGAGAUUGCAGACGGAUACGUAGUGAAGCAAACGAAGAUAAUGCAAUGAUCAAGAGAAUGAUAUGUGUUGUCUUAUAAUAGCGAACACAGUUGUGCCGCGCAUAGUGUGUGAAUUUGCGUGUCGCCGAAAAACCGGUAUUUCCCUCUCAUUAAUAGAAGAUGAAAGAUCUUUUUUUUUUUAUUUUUUUUUAACGUGUUUCUGUUAUAUAACAUUCCCGUGUGAAAAGAUUAUUUAGUAUGCGACUGUCAGUGUUGUUAAAUGGAAAUGAAAAGUUNUAGACAUCGGAAUCUGUCCUCGAUGUUGUGUGAUGUGAUUCUACGUGAAGAUCAAUUGUCCCUCGCGAAUUAAGAAAUCUACAUAUCAAUCGCUUGUUAAUUUUAUCGACGUAUGUAGUAAGCGAUAAUAACAUACUUGUUGUCUAAAGACGGAUUAUCUCUUCAACUUCUAUUUUUGUGUGACUGCAUAAUCACAGUUGAUUAAUUAAAAAGUUCUCAAGUUAUAAGGAAAAACUUUCAAGUGUCUUAACAAGGAUAUUCGGUAGAUUUGCAGAAAUUCAGUUUGAAUUACAACAGUAUGAAUCAGUUAACAAAAGGUUUCGUCCACCGUUAUUUUUGCGCUGUAAUUCUGCUUAUUGUUUCAAUCUCGUGCGGAGGAAAUUCUACGAUGAGCAACGACGAGCAAAAUAAUACUUCGAUGAUAGAAUAUCACACAAAUUUUACGGAAAUAUACAGCGAUGAGAUGAAGCAGAAUAAUUUCCGCAGCAAUUUCACUGACGAUAAUGAAAAGCAAUUAACGAACUUCACCAAUCGUGAAGAUAACGACACUGUGGAACAUGAAAUAGAAUUGAUGAAGAGUCAGAGAAGUCAGUAUGUGAAGCCAACACACGUCGAGAUUAACGCGAACUUCACAAAUUUGGAAGACAGAAGUAACUUCACGUACGAUCUUCGCGAAAAUUCAACCGUGGAUGGCGGCAAAAAAAAUAUCAUUCAGCUCUGCUGCCCUUACGGUCACCGCCUGUCCCUCAAGAAACAAGAGUGUAUCGCUGCGGUUGACGUCGAUUACGUCUUCCCGAAUGUCACAGACUCCGACGAGCCGUUCGACCAAGUGUUCGAUUUGGUCGUUCACGAUCCGUGCACCAACGACAAUGUCAUGCACUUCAUGAUUGAUUCCGUCAAGGCUCCGGAUAGCGUGUAUUAUUUUUUCACCGGAACAUCGUCGGCGUAUUUUCCGUAUCACAACAUUAGCAUCCCGGCGUUGUAUUACUGUCUCGCUGCNGUAAACCGGAACAAUUACGAACUCAUCAUUUGCAAGAAUAAACUGCAGCGUCAAAUUCACAUAACCGUAGCUAUCGUGAUUUCGUUGCCGUUUCUUCUUAUGACGUUUGCGGUGUACAGCGUACUGUCGGAGUUCCGAAAUAUGCACGGGUACAUGUUGCGAGCGCACAUCGCCUCGUUAUUUNUCUCGUAUAUGAUCUUUCCCAUAUUCCGCGAAGUUUACGUGGAGGAUAUCGACUAUUCGCUCUGCGUUGCACUGUCAAUCGUGCUCACUUUCUCGUUUUUGUCAAGUUUCUUCUGGNUAAAUGUCACCUGCUUCGAUAUUUGGUGGACGUUUGGAGGAUUUCAGUCGAUACACAAGGGAAGAGUAAAGCCGAAAAGAGAAAAGAAAACGUUUAUUCUAUACUCGAUGUACGCGUGGGGAAUUCCCUUCGUUAUUACCGUUUUAGCUUCUAUAACAAAUUUUACCAGCGCACUCAAUUUGAUCCAACCGAAAUUCUGCACAAUCAGAUGUUGGUUCACGGAGGAGGCAAGGAUGUAUUACGUGAACACACCUAUGUACAUCAUUCUAAUCUGCAAUAUAUGCUUGUUCGUCUACACAACGGUGAAGAUACUGUGGCACAAAAGAAGCACGGAUCACGAUCUGAAAGGAUCACAGAGUCAGCGCUACGAUGACAAUAAACAAAGGUUCUCAAUCAAAAAAGAGUUUUACGCAUUUCUCAGAAAAACUUAUAAAAACAUGCUAAUAAUUUAUAAUUUUUAUGUUUCUCUUCAAUUUUAUAAAACCGAUGAUCUAAAAGAGAUAAACAGAAACAAAUAUAUUCGUAGAUUUGUUAUGUAUUUGAAGCUGUUCAUUGUGAUGGGUGUGAGCUGGACUUUCGAAGUAAUGACGAUGAUGUUAACAUCCUCCACGCCGGAUUUCGUCUGGUUCCUCACGAACAUGAUAAACGGAUUGCAAGGUGUCAUCAUUUUUGUCAUAUUUGUGUGCAAGAGGAANAUCAUACGGCUGUUGAUGAAACGAUUUGGUUGCAAAGAGAAUACUCUGUGCUGCGCGAGUUUUCUGAGCAACGACAGUUCUGCUUCUCAGACCACAACUGUCACAACGCGGUCUGCAGACGACGUAAUGAUGCAGCAAAUCGAAUCAUCCAAGUAAAUAUUCUCGCAAAUAGUUCAGAUCAGAGUGUACGUUAACAUAUUCACGAAAAUAUAUGUUCUUUUUUUCCUAUA